CAGUCUGGUGUUUCUGAAGGAGGAUGCUGGUGGGAAGAGGAGGGUUAAUGAUGAAGAUAAAACACUCUCAGUGACAGACGCUGCUUUGCCGAUUGAAAAAUUCGAUCACCACUUUUUGAUGAACACGCUGUGGAGAGAAACAUCUGCCAUUAAGCGAGUCUCCGUCACCCUGGAUGUGGAAACAGCGCAUGCGCGGCUCCAGGUGUCUGAGGAUCGGAAGAGGAUGAGACUGACCCGGACCGAGAGGAGUCUCCCUAACACCGGGAAGAGAUUUACAGGUUGGCAGUGUGUGCUGGGAUCGGAGGGAUUCACAUCGGGGAGACAUUACUGGGAGGUGGAGGUGGCGGGGAGUCGGGGCUGGAGUCUGGGAGUCGCCGCAGAGUCUGUGGAGAGGAAGAGACGGGUCACACUGACCCCGGAGACAGGAGUCUGGAUCAUCGAACGGUGUGGUGACGGGUUUGAUGCAUUCACCUCCCCUCCAUCCCCUCUCCCCGCCCGUCCCAUCCCCGGGAGGGUGGGAGUUUAUCUCAGUUACGAGUCCGGGACAGUUUCAUUUUACGACGCGGACACCAAGUCCCAUCUCCACACCUUCACUGGGAAUAAAUUCACGGAGAAACUUUAUCCUUUCUUCGCGACUUGGCAUAAAAACCGGUGGCUGCGAAUCUGCUCCGGUCCCGCUCCGGGUGUGCAAAAAGGUCGGGUCCCGGGACCGGCGUCAGGAGCGGGGCUCAGGGGCUGUGGGGCAGAAACCCGGUGGACAACAGGUCGGCGCUGAACGAACGGCUCCCAUUUAAUCCCCAAAUUCCGCGUCG